AUGGAUUCUAAUAACAAGGCAAAUCAUGACGACGGUGAAGACAUUCUAAUGGGCAUGGUUCCGUACGAUGAGGAAGAAGAAAGAAGAGUCAAUGCUCCAUCCGAGGAGGAGGAAGAGUUCUUUGACAUGGAGAUGGUUGAGAAUGAGAUGUCGUCUGACUACACUGCAGAGACAUUCUUCAUAACAAGGCCAUCGCCACGAAGAACGAUCACGCCAUCACAAGAAAGCACUCCGCAAGAAACAAGCCGGCCAGUUACUGCCCAGCCUUUGGAGGCCCCCCAGCCGGCUGCAGCCCAGGAGACUCCGACUCUAUCGUGCGAGUCGAGUCCAAGCUUCUCCAUGGAGGAAGAAAGUUCUGUGGAGGGCCAGGCCCGGUGUGAACCGCAGCCAAGCAGUUCUGCACAGCCAGCAGAGUCUGCAGUGGCAAAGCCGGGCGAGCAAAGACCCUGCGAGCCGCAAAAAGUUAGUGAAAGUUAUUUAGUUAGUGGAGAGCACGAGACACAAAGCAUGUCUCAAGUUAGUGAAGAUUAUUCGCCAGUGUACGAGCAGCAGCGGGAAGCAGAAGCCCAGCAGUACGCUCAGGAGUAUGCCCUGCCGAUUGCAGAAGCGCAGUAUCCAGAAGAGUAUGGUCAGCAAGUGAUGGAUGGGCAGUACCAGGAGUAUCCGCAAGAGUAUGACCAGCAGGCUAUGAACGGUCAGUACCAGGAGUAUCCGCAAGAGUAUGAGCAGCAGGCGAUGGAUGAGCAGAUGCCUGCUCCAGAUCAGCCGCAGGAGAGCACUCCAGAGGUGGACCACACCGUGAGCCCAAUAAAGCAUCUGAAAAACUCUCCUUGGGCGCCGCAGAUUGAGGAAGCGCAGCCCUCUCCAUACAUGGCAAACAAUGUUUCAGGCCACGCGGUGUUUCAGCCAAACCCAGACGCAUUUACCAUUCCCCAGGACAACACAUGGUCUCUUGAUGAGUACUUCACCGAGGCGUCUGAAGGAAAUGAAACGACAAACACGGAGGAAGAGAUAGUUGAAAACAAUUACUCUGCGGACUUGUACUCUACGGACGACAGAAAUGCAGAGCAUGCGAUGUCUUCCACUGAGCUGCCACACUGCACAGAAACUGAGGAAAGAGUUACAAACAACCCGGAAGGAAUACCUGCGCCCGAAAGCGAGGAUGGCUUGGGCAGCUCUCCAAGCAGCUCCUCAAACAGUUCUAUGUGCAAGGAAGCUAGAGGCGAAAGCGCGCAAGAGAGCGAAGAGUCUUCAGGAAACACGCCAAGUGAAGAGUCCUCGCUGGACGAGCUGUUCAAAGACUGCCCGCCGAUUGACCCAAGCAUAUUCAAGAAUGCGCGCAAUCAGCCGGGCCCAUACAGUUUCGGGGCGCAGCACAGUGAGCAUGUGCUGAGAAGCCAGCAGGAAGCACAGGAAGUUGAACACAGCCAAGCAGUCCAACAGCCGGUAUUCCAACAAAAAGCAGUUCAACAACCAGCUUUCCAGCAACAAGCAGUUCAACAGCCGGUGUUCCAGCAACAAGCAGUUCAACAGCCGGUAUUCCAACAACAAGCAGUUCAACAACCGGUAUUCCAGCCAAUGCCUGCGCAUUUUUUCAGCCCGCAAGGUCAGCACAGGGAUUUGAAAAGCAUUCCUACAACACCCUUCCAGAAAAGCACAACCAUGCCAGGGCCGGAAACGGUUUUCAACCUUCCGCACACAAACGGGAACCCAAUUUCGCUUAAAACAGUUCCUACGGCAGCUGCAAGCAGCCCCGAAGAGAGCGUGGUUUGCUCCAAGCCCUCGCCGGUAAUGCAGUUUGCAUUUUGCAAUGGCCACAUGAUUAUCUCAUCCGCAAUUCCUAGUGUCACAAACCCGAAAAAGCUUCUUCCAACGCCCAUAAAGACGGUUGCUCUGGAGGUUUCCGUCCCAACAACUCCUCUGCGCCACAAGUCCACACAGGAUUUGGUCAGUGCGCUGGUUGAAGACUACGCCCUGCCAUGCGAGCGCGCCGCACACCCGCUGAAUUACCUGGUAACCAAAAGUGCUGGAACAAUAUCCCCCAGAGAGCCGGAAAGGAUCCCUGUUAAUGCAACCGCAGAGUACAUUCCAGAGCUUUCCGAGGACAUCAACACACUUUUGCUACAAAACAACUGGGCAGAGGCAUUCUUCCAGGCAGCGUCCGACAAAAAGUCUCUGGAGGUGCUGCAGCUCAACUACACAAAAAGCAGCACAAAGAAUGCAUCUGAUCACGCAUACUUGCUGCUUUCGACAGGCUGCGAAGUUCCAGAGAGCUUGUUUGACCACCCAGACGUUGUGGAUAGGUACCAGUAUGUUCUUAAGGGGAUAGUGAUGCAAAAAAACACACAAGCUGCCACUUUCUUAGCAGACGCGCUCUUUAAACACGGAAAGAUCACAGAGGCUGUCAUAACAAUACUCGUGUCGGGGGCCGUCGAGCAGAACCUAGACAAGAUAUAUGACGUGAAUGCCCUGCUUGUGUACAACAAGCUGCACCCGCAGCACCAGGACGCGCUUUCCAAGAGAGUGAAGGAAAUUUUGAAAAACCUCGCACACAUGAACAGCAAGCGGGCAAAGGACAUUUACAAGGAGAACAAGGACAUUUUCAGCAAAUCCGACAAAAAGGAGCUGGAAGACGCUUUGGGCAUCGAAGGAAGCUCUUGGGGCAUCCAGGGAAUAAUCAAUGCAGUUGACAAGGGAAUCACCCGAAUGGUGAGCACGCCCAUGCCAGCCACGCCGCUUGCCAUGGAGACGCCGAAAGAAAGGCCCGCUUUCCAGCAUGAGCCAGCAAAAGAAGCAACCCCGCUGUUUGCAAGUGCUUCUGGCCUCGGAAAGAGCCCCAGCGUAGCAAACAGCCAGCCAGAGAGCGCUUCCAGCCCGCAUAUUCCCAUGCCAAAAAUCCCCAUGGGAAACCCGAAUGCGCCAAGGCCAAGGCCUCAAAUUGUGCGCCCUGCGUCUAUUCCUAUGCCACAGAUCCCAAAGAACAUGCAAAGACAGGAAGUUUCAAAGGCAGAGAAGCCGGCUGCAUAUGCAAUGCCCGGGCCAAUGCCUAGCGCAAUGCCCAAUACAAUGCCAGCAGCUUCUACACAGACAGCGUCUCCAGCAAUUCCGCCUAUGCAGCCAGCCCCAACAGCAGCGCCAGCAGAAGAGGUGGAUGAAGACAAGAUAGACUAUAGGGCACUUUACUCCGACAAGUCCAGGUACCAAAUGCUUGAGUCUGCUCCUGAGAGAGGCUCUUGGCUGGGAUACAUUCCUGGGGCAAGCGCCCUUUCAGGAAUAGUAAAGAAGCUGGCGGGAAGAGGAAACCUUCCUGUUGUAAAUCUGUCCGACGACACCACGUUUAUAUUUGACAAGCAGCUGAAAAAAUGGAUAACUGUUAACUCCACAACGCUGAAGCCCAUCAAGAUAGAGGUAACGCAGAGGCGCCCGGAGGACCCAGAGCCGACAGUUUCUGGGAAGCCGAAGCCUAUGCCCAUGCCUGUCAUCACUGGAAAGAUGCCCAAGAGAGGCCCCGAUGGAAAGUUGGACUUUGGUCCGGUUGGAAAGAGCCUGGAGGCGCGGUAUGGAAAGCCGAUGAUACAGUCCUCAAUCGACACCACGAUACAGGAUGUAGCGCCCGCGUUCCCCAUGCCUGCAGUGCACUCGAACAAGAACACAAAAGUGUUCAUUCCAAAGUUCCCAGCGCCAGAAACUGAAAACACAACUAGCUAG